AUGAGCGGGGAGAAAGAACCCUCAACAUCAGCCCCUCUCCUGAGCUUUUGCUUUUUGAUUCGCUUCAACAAGUUCAAAAUGGCUGGUCACCACUUGCGACGCGAAGACUUUGUUGUGGGAUGGGUGUCUGCCCUGCCAAUUGAACUCGCGGCUGCACGGAAGAUGCUCGACGAAGAGUACGAUUAUAACUAUGAUGACUCUACCUAUACAUUGGGCCGUAUGGGAGAACACAACGUCGUUAUCGCCUGCUUUCCUGCUGGACAGCUUGGUAUCUCAACUGGGGCCACGGCCGCCGCCGACUUGAAAUCCAAGUUUCCAGCCCUAGAAUUUUGUCUCAUGGUUGGCAUUGGCGGCGGGGUUCCGAGUCCAGAAAACGAUAUUCGACUAGGCGACGUGGUUAUCAGUAAACCAGAGGGAACAUAUGGCGGAGUGGUGCAAUAUGAUCUAGGCAAGACAGUCUCUGGUGGACACCAAAUGCGCACAGGCUUUCUGAAUGCACCUCCCGCAGCGAUUCUCAAAACAGUGGCCAGGUUUCAAUCCAAUCAUGCCCUUGGGAAAGACAACAUGUCUACUUACUUGUCCCAGCUUGAGUGUACGCAGUUUGACCGGCGGAAAGUAGGUCCAGAUGUGCUCUUCCAGAGCUCAUUCCGCCACAGAGAAGGGUCGACGUGCGCGGAUUGCCCUCAAGAGAUGACCGUCCCACGUCCACCACGAACUGGCAGCACGGUCGCUAUUCACUACGGUACGAUUGCCUCUGGAAACCAAGUCAUGAAGGAUGCAAUAACAAGGGACCGGCUUAGCUCUGAGCUUGGGGGCGUCCUCUGCUUUGAGAUGGAAGCUGCCGGCCUCAUGAACAAUAUGCCCUGUCUUGUCAUUCGUGGGAUAUCUGAUUACUCCGACUCGCAUAAAAAUUCAAGCUGGCAACCAUAUGCAGCUGCUAUAGCCGCUGCGUGUGCGAAAGAGAUUCUCCGUCUGCAUCCUACGAACUCCGGAUUGAAGCAGCGCAAAGAAAUCCUCGACUGGAUAGCUCCCCCAGAACAGGAGCAGAGACAUUCUUUCGUCACUGGCUCUCGUGUUCAUGGUACUGGCAGGUGGCUCCUAGACCAUCCAAUAUAUACGGAGUGGCGCGAUAACCUGACAAAAUCCAAUGUUCUUUGGUGUUACGGUAUGGAGGGUUCUGGUAAAACAGUUCUCAUGUCUGUAAGAAACUCCCACUACUUAGGGUUCAGGCUGACUUUCCGCAGAUCUACUGUAACUGAUGACCUGCGGAAUCGACUUUCAGCCAAGGGAGUUCCUGUUAUCUUCUUCUACCUCGAUUAUGAGCAUCAAGCUAGGCAGACAAUGGCCUACUUUCUCAAGAGUCUUUUAAGACAACUACUGGACCAUAUUUUACAUAUACCAAAGCCACUAGUGGAAGCCUUCAAUAGGCUGGGUGGCUCGCAAUGUUCACUUUCGGCUCCUGUUCUUGAGAAGAUUGUUGUGGAAGUUAUGCCAUCCUCGUCCCAAGUAUACGUUUUGAUCGACGCCCUUGAUGAAUGUGUCGAUUCGGGUCGACGAAAGACUAUCAUCAGCUUCAUGGAGCAGGCGGCACGCAGCCGACACGUUCGACUCCUGCUCACCAGUCGUCCACAUGUUCAGGAAAUUCGUUCGACAUUUGAUAAGAGUUAUCAAAUUUUAGUGCGCGCAUCCGAGGCCGACAUCAGAGCAUAUGUAUCCCAAGAGAUAAGCCGUGCUCGUGUCACAGAUAUUGUAGACACAUCCUUUGUGCACCGAAUCAUGGAUACGAUUAUCCAUCAAGCUGAAGGGAUGUUCCUGCUAUCGGUCCUCCGUACUAAGACGGUGCUGAGAGAGCCAACUGCGGGCGAUAUGGAGGAUUCAUUGAAAUCUUUGGCCAAAGAUUUACCAGAGGUAUUCCGGGAGACAGUGUCUCGCAUCCAGCAGCUUCCAGAGAAUCAGAAAAGACUCGGAAUGAUGACACUCCUGCUCCUCUCACACGCCAAACGCCCUAUCAUUGUGCAAGAGCUCACAGAUUUCUUGUCUGUCCAGCUCGGCCAGACUACAGUACGUCCCAAACAUCGACCCUUACCUCGAGUCGUGUUGGAAUGCUGCAUGGGGCUGGUAAGUAUAGAACCAACUACGGAGACAGUUCGCUUGUCUCAUUACGCAGUCAAUGAGUACCUAGUCGAGAACAACCACAGGCUAUUCGCGGAUGCGGAGGCCAGCGUUUCAGCAUUGUGUCUGACUUAUCUACUUCUCGAUCCAUUCACCAAAGGACCUCGUACAGAAGAAGAUGAAAUCGAUGGCCUGCUAGAUUAUUGCCCUUUUGUGUCCUAUGCAGCCGCACGCUGGGGUGACCAUGUCCGACAGUGUGAGAGAAGCCCCAUUGUUUGGCGGCUCGCUGUUCAAUUCCUCCGCAAUCAGCAGGCAACAGCCUGCUCAGUACAGAUUAUGCAGUACGACAGAAACUACCAAGAAAUCUAUUGGGCCCCAAAAGAAUGCUAUAGCGCAAAUGCUCUCCAUAUUGCUAGCGACUUUGGGCUGGAGAAUCUGGUCCUCACACUCCUAUCUCAGAACGCGUUUAAGCUGGAUGCUACGACGACUAUUGGCACUACCGCAAUCACCAAAGCCGCGUCUAGUGGGCAUGUCUCUGUCGUCAGAGCUCUUUUACAGAAAGGGGCCAAUCCAUAUCUGGAAAAUUGGUACGGCAACGCACUUCACUGCGCGGCUGAAGCUGGACACUGCAAUACGAUCCGGGAGCUGGUUUCCUGCGGUAUGGACCCUAAUUACCGCUCAGCCAAAGGCCGACUUCCUCUCGAUUGCGCAUUAGAUCGUGACAAUGCGGAAGCUUUCGAGACUCUUAUUGCUGUCGGUGCUAGAUUGGAUAAUACAAACGAAGGAUAUCGGCCUAUUCUCAUUGAGGCUGUACAUGCAGACUGUGUCAACAUUGUUGAUCUCAUUCUGACCAACGGCUGGGUGGAUGUCAAUUGUUGCUCUGAUGACGGAGCUACAGCAGCGCAUAUUGCCGCGGCGCAUGAUAACACAGUGAUCUUGGCCAAGCUAAUGAAGGCAGGGGCCAACAUCAAUGCCGGGACUGACACGGGUCUAACUCCUCUUGAUUAUGCACUCAGAUAUCAGCGUGACAGUGCUGCAAAUCUACUACAGUCAUACGACGCAACGUCAUUUAUGGCCCGGUUCCGGUACCCUAACUAG